GCGGCAGCUGCCGCUCACUCGGCUGGACAGAGCUGCCGGCCUGGGAGGCUCAUGGCUUGUGUGUCGUUUCUAGGCCUGCUGGGACCAGGGCUUCAGGAGGACACCAUGACCGGGAGGCUGUGGUGCAAGGCCAUUUUUGCUGGCUACAAACGUGGCCUCCGAAACCAGCGGGAGCACACUGCCCUUCUGAAAAUUGAAGGUGUUUAUGCCCGUCAGGAGACAGACUUCUACUUGGGCAAGAGGUGUGCCUAUGUAUACAAAGCCAAAAACAACACUGUAACCCCCGGUGGCAAGCCCAACAGGACACGAGUGAUCUGGGGGAAGGUAACCCGCGCCCAUGGGAACAGUGGCAUGGUUCGUGCCAAGUUCCGCUCCAACCUUCCUGCCAAGGCCAUUGGACACAGAAUCCGGGUGAUGCUGUAUCCAUCUAGGAUCUAAAUUUUUAUUGGAAAUAAAAUGGAGAAUCUGUUUAA